AUGUCUUUCGAUGGUCAAAACUACGGAUCCAGACGUCAACGCUCACGACGCGACAGUUACGAAGCUUCGCCUGUGAGAGAACGUCGUAAUGACUAUCCACGAACAGAGGAGAGGUAUCGUCGCCCCGCAUAUAGAGAUGAUGAUCGUUCUCGUUAUCGCGAUUCAGAGAUUAGAAGAGGUUCGUCAUCACGUAGGAACUUUGAGAAUAGACGCGGUAGUGGUCCACCGAAUCGACGAAAUGAAUCCAUCAAGCCCUGCAAAGUUCUAGGAGUUUUCGGUCUUUCAACAAGCGUCAAGGAGCGUGAUCUGCAUGAUAUCUUCUCUGCCUAUGGCAAAGUUGUCGAUAUUAGAAUGGUCUAUGACAACAUGUCAGGUCGUUCUCGAGGGUUCGGAUUCGUUUACUAUGAUUCCCUAGAAGACGCACGCAAUGCAAUGUCAAGCUGCGAGGGUGGCUUGGAUAUCGACGGGAAAUUAGCUCGAGUUGACUAUAGCCUAACAUCGGGACCACAUAACCCCACUCCGGGUAUUUACUUGGGUAGAAGAAAGCGUGAUGAUUCUCGUGAUCGUUUGCGUCGUCGUGGUGGCAAUGACGACAGGUCAUCCCGUAAUCGAAAUUCAUCGCGUUAUUCCGAUAGUAGAACCGUUUCUCGUGAUCGAUCACCCGUGAGGCCUCGAUAUCUUCAGCGUUCAAGGAGAAGGACGGUGUCUAGUGGUGGCCGCUCAUCGCCACCUUAUUGUGGAGCUCGAAAUGGGAUUCCUGAUCGUAAGAUGGAGCCUGUUUGGCCAGAUGGUUAG